UUGCUGAAAGGAUUUAGAAUAGAAAAACGACGAUAAAGAUAGCAACUUUUGGUAUCUGACAAAAAAAAGCCUUGCCCCUACCGGAAGUAGCGUGACGUGGACAAUUGAACAUAUCCGCAAAGCUCCCUAUUGUUUGCAAUGAUGGCCGCCAGAUCUGAGAGCGAUUCUGACCGAGAUAGCGACGAUUUCUCCAUUAAUUUGAGCGAGGAUGAAAGAUUUGUGGAUGAGGAAAGUGCAAGUGAAGGACUAGUGGGGAGUGGAAGCGAUUCAGAUAGGGAAGAAGCUGUGAGAGGGAUAGAGCCAUAUCGCUUUGAACCCGACGCUGAUGAAGACGGUCAGGAGGACGCUGCUGCUAUUGAUGCUGGAGGAGCACACGACAUAGAUCGCCUUGAGAAUACAGAAUGGUGUACAUGUCAAAACUGUGUGAACAUGGAGACAGUGGCUGAGUGUGUCUGCUGUAGUGAAAUAGAGGCAGUGACCAGAACGAUGGAGGAGGAGGGGGUGAAGACGUGCAUCAUAGACCACCAUGGCUUUCCAUCUGUGUGUCUGGAUGAAUGGGUGCUGCAGACAGCGUAUAACGCCUACAAACAGCAAUAUGGCGUGCUGCAGCAACAGCAAAAUGAGCGGAGACGACACACAGCCUAUCGACAGUUUGUCCGCUUCUGCUGGGGAUAUCUGGGAAAGGACAUAAGGGUGGUACUACCAGCUUGUGUAGUACAUAAGAUUAGGACAACAUUCCCAUCGAUGGACUACACGGGGUUCCAAGACGUGCAGUGACUGCAACAGAAUCUACAUGGCCACUGUACUUAAUCAAUAAAAUCAAUCAAUCAAUCAAUCAGUCAAUCAAUCAAUGUUUAUUUAUAUAGCACUAAAUCACAAAUGUCUCAAAGGGCCGCACAAGCCACAACGACAUCCUCGGUACAGAGCCCACACACGGGCAAGGAAAACUCACCCCAGUAGGACGUCGAUGUGAAUGACUAUGAGAAACCUUGGAGAGGACCGCAUAUGUGGGUAACCCCCCCCCUCUAGGGGAGACCGAAAGCAAUGGAUGUCGAGUGGGUCUAACAUAUUAGUGAGGGUCCAGUGGAGCCAGCAGGAGGCCACCCCGAGCGGAGACGGGUCAGCAGCGCAGAUGUCCCCAACCGAUGCACAGGCGAGCGGUAUACCCCGGGUCCCAACUCUGGACAGCCAGCACUUUAUCCAUGGUCACCGGAAUAACCCCUCCACGUGGGGGGGGGGGGGCAGAGGAGAAAAGAAAAGAAACGGCAGAUCAACUGGUCUAAAAAGGGGGUCUAUUUAAAGGCUAGAGUAUACAAAUGAGUUUUAAGAUGGGACUUAAAUGCUUCUACUGAGGUAGCAUCUCUAACUGUUACCGGGAGGGCAUUUCACACUUACCGAAGCGACUCCUGUGCUUGGCGAUGGCUUCCUCCUUGUCUGGCUUCUCCAGUUCAUCGCAGAGGAAGGGAGGCACAUCCACAGUGACGCUGAGUGGUGUUCUC